UUCCUUCUAUAUACCCUUUCAUGAUUCUAACCACACCUACCUAGCAUACGUGUCGACGAAUGUAACCACAACGAAACUGGAUUUUCAUGCUCAUUUCUGAACGCUCACCGCAAUGCCACUAAUUUAGAAAAGGUUCAAUCAAAUGGAUAACCUAUCUGUUCAUAGUUUUUCGUGAAUAAAACUAGGUAUUUGAGAUGAGCGAUACGGAAGGAGAAGGCGGCGGCGAAAUGUCAAAGACCGAGAAAGAUCAGGUGGGAAUGCUUCAAAAAAUUAGCUGGAUACCCAAAAUUAUCAAGAAACGAGUGUGCACAACGUUCGUAGAGGAUUCUUUCAGUAAUGGCAGGCUGUGUCAGUGUGGGGGUACGCGGGACACCCAUGAUUCAGUGGCUCUGGGGGACUAUUUCAGCACAGCCAUCGUCAGCCACUGGGACAGCUCCCAGCAUUCCUCUGAGUACCCCACCGACGCCUUUGGAGAGCUGGAGUUCGCCGGCGCCAGCAAGAGACACAGCAAAUUCCUGCGUCUCUCGUGGGACACCCCUCCUUCCAUCGUCUACACCCUGAUGACGGCCCACUGGGGGCUACCUCCGCCCAACCUGGUGGUGUCAGUGGUGAGCGGGGAGGGGAGGGCAAAGGUCAAGACGUGGGUACGGGAGGUCCUGAGGCAGGGAUUGGUCAAAGCCUCCCAGAGCACAGGAGCGUGGAUACUUACUGGAGGCCUGCGUGAGGGUGUCGGGAGGUGUGUAGGGGAAGCGGUAAGGGACCAUGCCACCGCUGCCUCUUCUGUCUCCCUGAACAAGGUGGUGGCUCUGGGCAUCGCUCCCUGGGGCCUGGUCCACAACCGCCAGCAGCUGGUCAAUCCGCAGGGUAGCUUCCCUGCUAGGUACUACUUCCAGAACACGUCCCGUGACUCAUGUUGCCUGGACAACAACUACCAGGCCUUCCUUCUGGUGGAUGAUGGGAGUGUAGGCCGCAGAGGGGGCGAGGCAGGCUUCAGGGCCCGGCUGGAGGACUAUAUUUCCCAUCAGCGCACAGGCAUCUGGGGCAGUGGAAGCAUUGACAUCCCCGUCCUGUGCAUGCUGAUAUCAGGAGAGACAACCAUGCUGGAGCGGUUGGAUCUCUCUCUGAGGAACUCCAUGCCCUGGCUGGUGCUGGCGGGGUCGGGUGGUGUGGCCGACCUCGUCAGUGACGUCCUGGAGAGCCUAUCGUCUGCGCCCCCUGUCCUGUCCUCCACCGAGGGGGAGGGGGAAGCGGGACCUAGUGUGGACCUUAAAGACAGAGUGGCCGAGAGGGUUAGGAAGCACUUUCCGUCUGAAACGGAGAUGGACAAACUGGUAGAACGGGUUCUGAGCAUCUACCUGAACAGGGAUCUGAUCACUGUCUACCACGGAGAGCAGGAGGGACCAGAUGACUUUGACACGGUCUUGCUCAAAGCCUUGGUUGGAGCGAGUAAGCAGCGCGUGUCAAGUGAAGCCAGCCCCUACACUGAGGAGCUGAAGCUGGCGGUUACCUGGAACAGAGUGGACAUCGCCAAGAGUGAGCUCUUCAAUGGAGACAUCCACUGGAGGUACCAGGACUUGGAGGAUUCCAUGACGGACGCGUUGGUCAAUGACAAGCCACAAUUCGUGCGCCUCUUCACCGAGAACGGACUCAACAUCCUGGACUACCUGACUUAUGGGCGGCUGGAGAGCCUCUACCGCUCGGUGGCCGACAGCUCUCUAGCCUACGUCCUGCUGCAGUGCCGCCUAGGGGAGCGCCAAGGUAUAACAGGCUCGCAGACCAUGCUGCUGGAUGUCUCUCCUGCCAAAGGGUCUGGUGGGCCGCCACGGGGCCGGCGGCCUGCGAAUAAGUUCAGUUUAUUUGAGGUGUCGAGAGUCCUGGAGGACUUGAUGGGGGAUGUGUGUCAGCCAUUUUACCACUCGCCACUGGGACUGGAGAACAUCUCCUCCCAGAGAAAGGCUCUCAAGCGUGUGAGUAAGUUGUUGCGGGGCGACUGUGCGUACCAGGACAAGCGCUGUCUCUUUCCCUGGGCUAGUCUCUUUGUCUGGGCUGUGCUGCAGAACCGCAACGACAUGGCCGUCUUCUUCUGGGAGAUGGCAGGCGAGUCGGUCCUCAGUGCUCUGAGCGGCUGUAAGAUCCUACGGGAGCUGUCCAAGCUGGAGAGCGAGACAGAGACCAAGCUGGCCAUGAAGGAGCUAGCACAGAGGUUCGAGAACCUGGCUCACGAUGUAUUCAGUAAGUGUUACCAGAGCAGUGAGAGUCGCUCCUUCACCCUGCUGAUCAGGAAGUCUCCCGUAUGGGGAGGGACCACCUGUCUAAAGAUGGGCAUGGCUGCCGACGCCCGCCUCUUCUUCAGCCACGAUGGAGUACAGUCUCUCCUGUCUCAGAUCUGGUGGGGGGAUAUGAAGAGGAGCACGGAGGUGUGGAAACUCCUCCUCACCUUCUUCUGUCCCGUUCUGAUGUACACCCAGCUCAUCUCCUUCAGGGAAUUGGAGGAGCCGGGGAAGCCUGAUGAGGUUGCACAGGGUAGAGACAAUGACAGCCUUUAUGGAGAAACAAUUUUCUCCUUCUCUGACAUCAAGCACAUUGAACAUCAUACACAGGGUCCUAAUAGUCCCAGAUAUCCUCUAAAAGGCACGCCCAACACCCCACCUAAACGUCCUUUUGUGGUAUCCCGAUGGCGGCAGUUUUGGUUCGCACCCGUCACUUCCUUUUUAGGCAACGUUCUGAUGUACUUCCUGUUCCUUCUGCUCUUUGCCUACGUGCUAUUGGUGGACUUUAAGCCGCCACCCCCGCGAGGCCCCGCUAGCGCCGAGUGUGUGUUGUACUUCUGGGUGUUCACCAUCGUCUGUGAGGAGAUCCGAGAGACGUUCUUAGUGGGUAGCAUGAUGUGGCGUCAGAGGAUGAGGAAGUACGUCCAGGACGUUUGGAACAAGUGUGACCUCACCGCCAUCAUACUCUUCAUCAUAGGCCUCACCUGCAGAAUGUUCCAGUGGUCCUAUGAGUUUGGGCGAGCAGUCCUGUGUGUGGACUACAUGGUCUUCACACUUCAUCUCAUCCACAUCUUCGCCAUUCACAAACAACUGGGGCCAAAGAUCAUCAUCGUCGGCAAGAUGAUGAAGGAUAUCUUCUUCUUCCUCUUCUUCCUGGGGGUGUGGCUUAUGGCAUAUGGGGUGGCCAAUCAAGCACUGCUGUACUCCUAUGACCCCCGCCCCGCCUGGAUCUUCCGGCGCGUGUUCUACAGGCCGUACCUGCACAUAUUUGGACAGGUCCCAGUGGAGGAAAUAGAUGUGAGGAAGGAGUGGGACACGGAGUGCACUGACAAUGUGACGCUGAUCGAGGGAGGCGCGGAGCCCUGCAGGAGCCAUUAUGCUAACUGGCUAGUGAUUGUCUUACUGGUCAUCUACCUACUGGUCACUAACAUCCUGCUCAUCAACCUACUCAUCGCCAUGUUCAGUUACACAUUCUCCAAGGUGCAGGGCCAGAGCGACACCUACUGGAAGUUCCAGCGCUACAACCUGAUUGUGGAGUACCACUCCCGGCCCUCCCUUGCUCCCCCCUUCAUUAUCCUCUCCCACGUUCACCUAUUCAUCAAGAGAUACAUCCGUAAGGUACCCUCGGUCAAGAUCCUCCAUUUUGUAUUGGAGCUGACGGGGAAAGCAGCUAACAGGUUAAUGACAUGGGAGGCCAUUCAGAAGGAGAACUUCCUGACAGCCCAGAGCAAGAUCCAGAGAGGGAGCGACUCAGAGAGGCUCAAACGGAUGUCAGUCAAGGUGGACAGUGUACUGAAACAGAUGGCUGAGACAAGGGAUCAUGAUCGCAGACUGAGAGCUCUGGAAUCGGAGUUGGAGUAUUGCUCCAGUGCACUCAGCUGGAUAGUGGAAGCCCUCUCACAGAGCAACAUGGUCAAGCCCACUCGACCACCACCAACACUUAGAGAUUUUCAGAUAUAACAACAAAAACAAUACAACCCAAACCCCUCAUUCUCCCCUCCCUUCAUCCAUCCCCUCCAAGGCAUCUAUAAAAGUAAGUUAAAAAGGAAAGAAAAACAGAAAAACAGUAUUAGAAACAAAAACAAUGGUUAAAAAAAUGUAUAUAAAAAUUCUUAUCAGCACAAAUGGCCACUAGAACAGACAUCACUGCUUACCAAAAUAUGCAAGUUACACUAAGUAAAAGACAGGCUCUCCACGUAUUGUAUUAAUGGGAGACCAGGUUAAGUUAAACUUUUGUCGGGCUCAUGCAUAGUGUAUCUAACCUUCUCCAGAGGCAGAGAUGACAUCACCUCCUUAACCCACUGCAUAAAGGAGGGCGGCUUUGCAGACUUCCAGUGAAAGACGACAAGGUGGCGAGCAAGCAGCGAGGUAGCAUUCUGGUAGAAUUCUGGUCUAGGGGAAGUACCCCAAAAAUGGCAGUGACCGGGUUGGGGCUAACAGUUGUAUUACACAUAUGUGAGAAUGCCUAAAAAAUGGGGUCCCAGAGGCCACUCAAAGAUUGGCAUGACCAAAACAUGUGUCCCACAGUCACUGAACUCUGGUGGCAUCUCAAACACUUGGGAUCAACAUUUAGGUAUAUUUUUGCCAAUCUGUCAUUUGAGUAAUGGAGACAGUGCAAAACCUGAAACUGAAUAAACCCAUGGCUUAUGCAAAAUUAUAAUGUGUGGAUAUACUCAAUACUUUGUUGCUAUUUAUCAUCGGGUAGCUCGCCACCUAUGUCUUGCUUCCAUGCAGAUUUUGUAUUUGCAAAGGAAAGCGGAUUAAUGUUCUGUAUUAUGUUGUAUAAUCUGGAGAUUGUUCCCUUCAGAUAAGGGUUAAGAGCUAAGCACCUCUCGACUGGACACUUAGUAGGCUUGAGUGAAAAUGAAGGGGUUCAAAACAUGGGUUCCAAGGUUCAUGGGCAUUGGGGAGCACAGGAGCAAGACCGGAGAAGUUGGAAGGCUUGACUGAAACUUUGUGAUUGCCCAAGUUGGGCCAUCCGUGUUUUCAAAUGUAGAAACCCAAUAAACACAUUUAGAUAUAUUUGCUGACCAGUAGUAGUGUAAAAAAUUGGGAAGGCCCAGCCCGGCCUGCGGGCUUAAGUGUCUCUAGGUAUACCUUUCUCAUUUGUGGAUUUGACUUAUUCCAAAUGAAGUUGGAAAUGUAGCUGUCCAGUUGUUUGAACAUCGACUUUGGCAGAAAGAUGGGGAUCAUUUGGAAUAAGUACAAAAACCUAGGUAGUACAGUCAUCUUAACAGAAUUAGUGUGACCUGUUAAUGAAAUGGGAAGAGACGUCCACCUUAUGAAAUCCUGCUUAGUGCGCUCCAGGAGUGUUUUGAAGUUGUGUUUAUACAGAGCCUUAAAUGAGUGUGACCUUUAUCCCCAAAUAAGUAAAGACCUGAUGCUCCACCUUAAAUGGGAAAUUGGCAUACCCAAUUCCUUCUGCUAACUGAUUAAUGGGGAGGAGCACACUUUUUGUUAGGUUUAACGUAUAACCAGAGAAUGUUCCAAAACUUUGUAGCAUGUCCAAGAGAUAGGGUAUAGGCUCCACAGGGUUAGAGGUGUAUAAAAGAAGAUUGUCUGCAUAUAAGGACACCUUGUGAGUUAUGUUGCCCCUCAAUAUUCCCUUAAUCCUCUCCUCCGUCUGCAGGGCGAUAGCAAGAGGCUCAAUAGCCAUAUCAAAUAGGGAAGGGGAUUAACAGCAACCCUGCCUGGCCUCCCUGUGGAGAGGGAAGUAGCUAGAAGUAACAUUGUUGGUGCGAACAGAAGCCACUGGGGACGAAUACAAAAUCUUAAUCCAAGAAAGGAAUGACGGGCCAAACCCAAAUCUCUCUAGUACUGUAAAUAGAUAUUCCCACUCAACCCGGUCAAAAGCCUUUCCAGCAUCAAGAGAGAUGACAACCUCUGGCUGUAGAGUUGUGUGGGCAGAAUAAAGAACAUUAAAUAGUCGGCGCAUAUUAUAGAUUACCUACCUGAGAUAAAUCUGGGUUGGUCAGAGUUAAUUAUAUUAGGGAUCACUUUCUCUAAACGGCACGAGAGGACCUAAGUGAGAAUUUUUUGAUCGCAGCACAAAAGGCUUAUAGGGUGGUAUGAGUCACAGUCUAGUGGAGUCUUGUCUUUUUUAAGCAAAACCGAAAUAGUUGCCUGGGUAAGUGUCUGUGGCUGUUUCUGACUAGAAAGGAUUUCAUUGUACAUUGAGCUGAGAAUAGGGGAUAAUUUAGAGGAGAAUGCUUUAUAAAAUUCAGUAGGGAAGUCAUCAGGCCCAGGGGCUUUACCGCUCUGCAUGGACUGGAUUGCCAGAGUAGCUUCAUCAUCACUUAUUGAGGCAUCCAUUGGUUUGUUCAUCUGAAUUGAGGCAGGGGAUGUCCAGAUUGUCUAGAAAUGCAUGCAUACGAGAUGUGUCAGGAAGAGCCUCUGACGGAACAACUGUCUGAAAACAGUGGGCUCCUGUGGCAUCUGAAGAUCUCAUGACCUCUGAACUUCCAAAAGACUGCUCGGCAUAUCCAUAUGUAGGGUCAGCAACAACAACAAAAAUGUCAGAAAACAGUUUUUUAUGUGUUCUCGUGAGGUCUCCUGGGGUGGCGUCUCAA